UAAUCAGGAAACCAGAAUUCAAGUUAGUGCAAGACAAAUUUCAAGUAUUAUAAAUUUGGAAAACCCAGUUAGUUGCCGCAGUCAAAAUGUCUUCAAAACACAUAUGUGCCCAUUGCAACAAACCUAUCAACGAGGCAGUGGUAGUUGCAUUGGGCAAGAGUUGGCAUAAGGAGCAUUUUUUGUGUGCUCACUGUAAACAGCCCCUGAAAGAUGCCAAGUACAUACAAGAAGACGGAAAGCCGUACUGUGAAAAAGACUGGAAGGCCCUGUUUCAAACACCGAACCUACCUCAGUGUGCACAGUGCAACUCGCCCAUCCAAGACACAGUGGUAACAGCCAUGGGGAAAACGUGGCAUAAAGAUCACUUUGUUUGCACCCACUGCAAAAAACCGUUCAAAGACUCAAAGUUCCUGACAGAAAACGGACUACCUUAUUGUGAGGCAGACCACAAAGCUUUGUUUCAAAAAGGAGGCUCGAGUGGAGCGAUUUGCGCUCAGUGCAACAAACCGAUUGCGGACACCGUAACGCAGGCCAUGGGUAAAACUUGGCAUAAAGAACAUUUUGUGUGCACUCACUGCAAAAAACCGUUCAACGGUUCGUCAUUCUUCGUCCAGGACGAGAAGCCGUAUUGCGAAGACGAUCAUAAAAAACUCUUCCCUUCUGGAAACUGUGCUUCCGGCUCCAACCCUUUGUGUGCUCACUGCAACAAACCCAUCACGGACACGGUUUUGACAGCGCUCGGUAAACAUUGGCACAAAGACCACUUUGUUUGUGCUCACUGCAAGAAGCCCAUCACCGAGGCAGAGUUUAGCACCAAGGACGGCCAAGCUUAUUGUGAGAAGGACUACACAGCACUGUUCAGGAAGAAGUGCUCAGGAUGUGGAGAGCUGAUAAAGGAUACAGUCCUGACUGCCUUGGACAAGCAUUGGCACAAACAGUGCUUCUCCUGCAAUAAAUGCAAGAAACCCAUCAACGCACAGCAAGGGUUCACAGAGAAGAAUGGGAUGCCUUUCUGUAUGGGUUGUGGAGUGUAGGCUCAUUUAUUGUAAAAUUUUUGAAAGGGUAAAAUUGGUUAUUAUAUCUA